AUGGGUAGGACUCCGUGUUGUUCCAAAGAGGGACUCAACAGAGGAGCUUGGUCAGCUAGCGAGGAUCGGAUACUUACUCAAUACAUUAACGCUCAUGGAGAAGGGAAAUGGAGAGAUCUCCCUCAAAAAGCUGGUUUGAACCGAUGUGGGAAGAGUUGCAGGCUACGAUGGUUGAACUACCUAAGGCCGGACAUCAAGAGAGGCAACAUUUCCAAAGAAGAAGAAGAGCUCAUCAUCAGACUUCAUAAGCUACUCGGUAACAGAUGGUCUCUGAUAGCAGGAAGACUUCCGGGACGAACAGAUAAUGAGGUAAAGAACUAUUGGAACACCAAUCUAAGCAAGAAGCUGCAAGGCAAGACAGCACAAAAUCAACUCAACAAAACUAAAGAUAAGAACCCACAAGCUAAUCCCUCAUUGUAUCAGCUUCCCCAAGCUAAGGCACCAAAAAGUACUCCCCAAGUCAUUAGAACCAAAGCUGUAAGGUGUACUAAGGUUAUUCUUCCACAGCAACAAGGAAUUCAGAUGACGAACACCCAUGAUCUUGAUAACCUAGCUUCAGAUGCCAAGAACUUACAACCACCUUCGGUCCCAAGACUAGUCAUGGAUGAUGACACUUCAAAUUUUAUGAUAGAUUUUGCCAUUAAUGACGACUGUUUCAUCUCUGAUCUUCUAAACUCAGAUUUCUUGCAAGUUGGUUGUGAUGGGAUUCAAUCUGCUGAUCAUGAAUGUGGGUAUAAUUCGUCUUCCGGCUCUGAUUAUCCCUUCUCUGCUCAUGAAAUGCUGGAAAACUCACCAAAUGGAGCAAUUUUUGGACCACCUGAAGCAUUGGAGCUCAAGAAGCUGUGUUCUUUUCUGGAUUCGGAAGAAGAAUGGAUUGGAAGUCAAUAG